GUCGUAUGUGAGUAAUAGAUGUCGGCCCGAGGGAUCAAUUGCGGAAGGGUACUUGGCAGAAGAAUGCUUAACAUUCUGCUCGAGGUACCUGCAUGGUACAGAGACAAGGUUCAACCGGCCAAUACGGAAUGAUGACUAUGGUAACACUGUUAUAGAAGAACAAUCCUCUAUUUUCCCACUAGUAGGUCGUGCAUUAGGGAAGUCUGAGGAUUGUGUACUGGAUAACGUUACAUCUGCACAGGCACAUCGAUAUGUCCUGUUUAACUGCUAUGAACUCAGCCCAUUUCUUGAGUAAGCCAACUAUAGGACUUAAUUUAUACAUAGAUAAAUUUACUCUUUUUUUUUUUGCUAAAACUAAUGACUUUUACAGAGAACAUAUGAAUGUUGUUAAGUGGAUGAAUCGUCGCGCACGGCCAAGGGACAUAGAACGCAUUCAUAAUGAUACAUUUUAUAAAUGGUUUAGUGAUCGUGUUGAACAGUUGCGCCAUGAAAGGAAUGAGCAGGUUUCAGAAGACCUUAGAUGGCUAGCUCGGGGUCCUAGUAUGGCAAGAAGAUAUAAAGGUUUUAUUGUAAACGGCUUCAGAUUUCACACCAAAGAUCGUGAGAAAAAAAGAAAAACUCAACAUAGUGGAGUUGUUGUGACUGCAAAGACAUCAAGCUUUGCAAGUGCCAAUGACAGAAAUCCCAUUGCAGGGGAUGUAACAUACUAUGGUGUAUUGACGGACAUCAUAGAACUGGAAUAUUGUGGUACUCGGAAGGUUGUAUUAUUUAGGUGUGAUUGGGUUGAUGUUCGAUCUCAAGGCAGGGGUGUUAAGAAGGAUGGGUUGGGGUUCACGCUUGUGAAUUUGAAACGAUUAUGCCAUACAGGUCAACAUUUGUCUGAUGAACCAUUUGUGUUUGCAUCUCAAGCUGAGCAGGUGUUUUACGUACAAGACCUCAUCGAAAAGGAUUGGCAUGUUGUAGUGAGGACGAAACCUAGAGACUUAUUUGAGAUGCAUGGGCAAGAGUCUGCAGAUGAUGUUGAUACAUUCUUAGGCAUGUCACCCUGCGAUGAUCAAUGUUUGGAGGACCCGAGUGAUGACACUGUUAGCUGGGAAAGGGCAGAUGUUGAUGGUACAACAGUUGUCACAUAUUUACCACCCACCCAGUCGAUGGUAGAAGAACAAAUAGAUGAUAUUGAGUUAUCUGAUCCCAUUGGAGAUGACAUUUUGUACAAUAAUUGAUUUCUUAAGUACCAUGUUUUCCUAAUGUAUGAAAUAGAAAUUAAAAUGUCUUUUUUCA